UUCUUCUUCUUCUUCUUUUUCUUUUGUGUUGUUGUUCUUUUGGUUUUUCUUUCUAAGUGUUUGGAUACUAAGAAAUCUGUUAUGUUGCAGAAGUUUACAGUGUGAAGAGAAAGGCUGACCUGGUCAAAGGCAUAUUGUUACUCUGAAGAGAUUCAGAAAAAGAUGGCUUUGAUCAGGAAAAAGUCUGAAUCAUCCGCUUCUUCUUCUUCUUCUUCUUCUUGGUUGAACAUGAGUACAUAUCCAUCAGGUGAGGUGCAGAUCCAUGUACGUGGCAUUCCAUUUGUUCUAAACAGAGAGCUUCUGGCCUUAAGGUCCUCCAGAGUGGCUGCAUUACUCAAAGAGAAUCCUUGUCAAGAUCUCUCGUAUGUCCUACGCGACAUCCCAGCUGACCCAGAAACGUUUGAGCUUGUAGUAAGAUUCUGCCGUGGCUUUGAGCUCAACCUGUCCACUGACAACAUUGUUCCCCUUUGUUGCCUUGCCCACUACCUGGGGAUGACGGAAAGCCAUAGUGUUGAUAACCUGUUGAAGAAAGCUCUUACCCUCUUUGGGGAGAGGGUACUCCCGAGUUGGAAUGAAUCUGUCAAGGCUCUCCGAGCAUCAGAAAAAGUUGCUAAGCAAGCUAUGCAUCUUGGUUUGGUUGAUGCCUGUUUGGAGUCCAUCAUUGGGAAGGCGCUGGCCGAUCCUCACCUUCUUGGGCAGCCGAUCAGGCCUUGGACGAGUGGUGUUGAUAUUGAGGAUGAUGAGGAUUAUAAGCCAAAUGUGCGGAGGAGGCUCUUUGUUAUUGACUGGGAAUCGGAGAGUCUGUCGACAUUGUCUCUCCGCCUCUACACGCCUAUCAUUGAUGCAAUGGUGAAGCACAAAGUCCCGUCACAGUAUGUGGCCGCCUCGCUUUGUGAGUAUGUGAAGAAGUGGGGCUUCUCGGGCAAUACAGGAGGGGGAGAGACGUCAAUCUACAAGAGGAACGCUCAGAGGGAGGUCAUUGAAGCGGUGGAGAGGCUUUUGCCUCGUGAAAGAGGGCUUGUUCCAUGCUCAUUAUUGUCUGAAAUGCUCCGCUUUUCUGUUUCCUUGGAAGCUAGCUCCGACUGCAAAAAUGGGCUUGAGAUCAGGAUCGGGACGCAGCUCGAUCAGGCCACCGUCGAAGACCUCCUGAUACCUUCUCAAGGUUAUGCCAAGGAAACUCAAUACGACACCGAGUGUGUGAGGAGGAUUCUGAAGAACUUCUACAGAAAUAACACUAGCCUAGACAUUCCAGGAAUCAUCAAAGUAUCAGAGCUUAUGGAAGAGUUCUUAGUGGAGGUUGCAAGCGAUAUAGACUUGAGGAUAAGCACGUUCGUGUCACUAGCAGAGAUGGCAGCAGUUACAUCACGAGGAACCCGACGAAGCUCCGAUGGAAUGUACAGAGCCAUUGACAUCUACUUGGACAAGCACAAGCACCUCACGGAGGCUGAGCGGGAGGAGGCGUGCCAAAUGCUGGAUUACCAGAGGAUGUCCCCAGAAGCGCUUGAGCAUGCGGCUCGUAACGAAAGGCUGCCACUCAGGGUGGUUGUGCAGGUGCUGUUUGUUGGGCAGCUACAGCUGCGGGAAACCAUCACGAGGAAGGCUGAGGCGGAGGAGGAGGAGGAGGAGGAUGAGGAGGAGGAGGAGGAGGAGGGAGGGGGAGUUGAAUUGGGUUGCAGUGAAGGAGGAGGAGUGAGGAGGGAGAUGGAGAAGAUGGGUAGCAAGGUGAUGGAGCUGGAGAGAGAAUGCCAUGUAAUGAGGAAGGAGAUAGAGAAGGGGAAGAGUAUAGGAGGGAAGCAAAUGAAGGGAGGAGUUAGCAUGUGGAAGACAAUGAAGAGGAAGUUUGGGUGCAUUAGUAGUAAGCAUAAUUCUAGCUGCCAAGUCAACAAAAAAAGGGCCCAUCCAAUAUAGUUUUUAUUUACUUCUUAGCUUUUGUAGCUCCCUUGAUUGAUUGGCUUUUCCAUCAACAUUCUAACAAAUAAAUCUCAACCAUUUUGUCUUUUCGUCUCCACUGAUGAAUUCUUUGUUUUGGGGUCAGUCACAAUUUUAUGGUUCUUUCACACAUUUAUGUCAUUAGAUUGUUUUGUUGGGUUCAGAGGUUGCACUUUCCUUGUUUGUCAUUCCUCUUGCUUUCUUAAACUCAGCCCAGAUAUAGUGCAGUAAAUUUUGUUAGGAUCAUGACAAUAUGGUUUCUUGACAAACCAUAUUUGCUCAUCCUUCCUGUACCAGACCAUCAUCUGCUGCAUGUUUAGGCAGUCCUGUUCUUGGUUACUUGGCUGCUGGUACGUUGAUUCGGCCUUAUGGUCUCUCCAUUCUUUGUCAUGUACAUGAGACCGACCAAAGCGAUUGCAGAAUUUGGAGCUGUUUCCUUGCCAUCUAACAUUGUUCUUGAGGUGGACUCUAUAAAUCUUUAUUUUGAUAUUCUUCACAAAUGAAUAGAAUUAAAAUUGAACCUUC